GUAUUUGACACCUUUUUGUAUGCACUUGGAGUCUGUAUAUAGCAACCCCCAAAGUAUUUGCAGUAGAAGAGAAGUGUUUAUAUAGAUCACUUGAUCUAGCUGCACUUUAUGUAAUUAAAAUUAAUUUUAAAGUAGACAGAUACAGAACUUCAGGUGCCUAGUCACAAGGAAUGGAGGCUGCUCCUACUGAGUACAAGAUUGCACCCUUGAAAGUCAUAACCCUUAAAAAUUUUGUGGCUGUCAUGGAUUUGUGAUGCAGUUUGAGCACCCAGCAUGAUGCUAUGUAAUGGCAGCCAGUGAAAGCUUUGGAAAGGUACACACUGGAGCAGUGAACCACAUAAAGAAAGGAUAUUUUAUUUCUGCAUGUGGCACUGGUGGACUGCCACUAAAAAGCUAUAUAUAAGCCCUAGGUUUCACCUUGUCAGGAAGACCUUCAAAUUCUGAGAGAAACAAAAAAGAAAGAAAACAAAACAGGGAGAGAAAGUGUCUUUUGUUAUUCAAAAGAACAAUCUUUUUAUCAGAAAGAAAACUGAGAAGUAACUUGAUUAUACUGUGCAAGCACUUUGAAAUGGGAAAAUGUCAGUGCCAUGGGACUCCUUAAUCUAGCCAGAAAGUUACAAGAAUUCCUGCCUAGAAGGUAAAGUCUGGCACAAUGAAAUUAUGAACGUGGCAUGAAGGGUUUUUUUUGCUGUAGGUGAUAAUAUUUUAGCUACAAAAAUUGAAGAAAUUUUUGAUUCUUUGACAUGUUCAGAUAAAGUCUGUUGGCACUUUAGAAGUUAUGUUUACCCAAACACAAGCAAUUUGACUCUGCAUAUAGGUAGGAAACACAAAGGCCCUGAAAAAAUGUAAGUCUUGCUAUGCAAGACACCAGGAUCAAUGCCAAAUAAUCCUUUUUGACUUUAUGUCAUAGGAACAUAAUUAACCAGGAUCUUGGAACCAAGUUAUCACUUGAACAGACAAUAAGGAAGCAUUGCAGAAGUCUCAGAUCACUUUUAAUGCUGUGUAUCCACUGCAAAAAAACAAGAGGAAUGGCCAAAAAUGGCAAAAUCUUGACCACAUGUUUGCAAUGAGAUUUUUGUUAAUGUAAAAGCUCAAUACUCUUCAGAUUCUUUGGCAGGUCUACAGUAUGAAUUGAGUUGUUCUUAGAAAAAAUGAUACAUUACUAGUACAGAAAAAGCAAUUAUAUAUCAUUAGAUUAAAUCGUAAUACAUGCAUUAAGAUAAAUAAACCUGUUUUUUCUUCUGCAUCCUGAGAAAUUCAUUUGCCUUAGCCUGUUCUUCUCAUGCACACAAUAUCUUCAGAGAUAAUCUUCUGUAUCUUCAAAAGGACUUUUUACUUUCCAUGUGGCCUUGGAAGGCCUAGUUCUGUCUUCAUUUUGAGGUUGCUGAAAAAAUGACUGGUUGUUUUUGGACUGGAUUGACCAUCAUGAAUCUAUGAAAUAUAUUACAUAAGAUACUAUAAAAACAAGCCUAAAUUCCCAUACACCAAAGGAAUGAAAAUGGACAAGCCUGCAAACAACAUGAAGCAAACUUGACACAAAACAGAUAUUUCACUGUGUACAAACAAUAGCCCUUGGCUGAUAAACGGAAAGAAGUUUUAAGGCUGUUUGUAAUGUCAUGAGAUCACGUCUUGCAGAAUCACAGGUCUCCAUCAAACUAAUGGGCAUUUUCUAAUCAUAUGUGAAAGGAUUGUAUAAAUUAUUUGUGAGAUGUUAUUUGCUAAUAGUAAUAGAGUGAUUUUGUUCUAGGUCUGUAUUUUCUAGUCUUGCUGAAAACAGUGUAAACUUCUGCGCCCCUAAGAAAGCUUCUCUCUGUGUUGGCAAGGAAAUGAUAGAAGAAUGUAAUUAAGCAAAGAUGACCCUAAAGUGAAAUGUGGAUUCUUUACAAUAUACAAUGUCCUUCCCACCAGCCACAUGUGUUUGUCAGAUGUUUACAGAAUCUUCAUUAACUAAGAGCUUUGCUAGAUAACAGAAGCUGAAGCAUGGCAUCAAUGACUCUGAUAAGGACAAGUGUACGACCAAUCUGCUUGACAACUGACAAGAGGCUGGGGUUUGAAGCAGACUGCAAAAAGAACACCAGAAAGUGAUUUGCAAAGGGCAUUCCAGUUGUUUGCCUUACAUCUUCUUUCCUCUGUCUGUAUUGAAAUAAGACUGGCAAUCAGCUAAAACACCCUCAUCUUGUCUCUCCACCAGAAAGUAAAUGUAGAAGAAAUGUGUUGUUUUGGAGUAUUAGCUGCGCUGUCUGUUUUCAACAUCAUUGCUUGUUUGACAAGAGGCAAGCCUUUGGAAGACUGGGACAGGCUAUCAGCUAUGGGAAAGUCUGAUGCACACUUUCAUCCUGGGGAAGCAGAAGAUGAGACCCAUUUCAACUUCAAAUCUUUCUUGGAGAAUAUGAAGAUGGAUUUACUAAGGAGUUUGAAUUUGUCAAGAGUCCCCUCACAAGUGAAGACAAAAGACGAGCCACCACAGUUCAUGAUUGAUUUAUACAACAGAUAUGCUGCAGACAAGUCCUCCAUCCCUGCAUCCAAUAUUGUAAGGAGCUUCAGUACUGAAGAUGUUGUUUCUUUAGAUUCACCAGAAGAAAACCCAUUUCAGAAACACAUUUUGUUCUUCAACAUCUCUAUUCCACAAUAUGAGGAAAUCACCAGAGCUGAACUGAGAAUUUAUAUCUCCUGUCACAGGGAAGUUGGGUCUCUCUCUAGGCUGGAAGGCAACAUGGUAAUUUAUGAUGUUCUAGAUGAUGGCCACUGGGAAAACCCAGGAAGUACCAAAUCUUCCCUUGUCUCCCACAAUAUCCAGGAAUGUGGUUGGAAGAUGUUCGAAGUGUCCAGCGCUGUGAAAAGAUGGGUCAGGGCAGAGAAGCUGGAGACUAAAAAUAAGCUAGAGGUUGUUAUAGAGACUAAAGCUCUGAGUGGUUUUACUUGUGGGAAGCUGGAUGUCAGUGUGACCCCUGACACAAAAAACCUGCCCCUGUUAAUUGUGUUCUCCAACGACCGCAGCAACGGGACAAAGGAGACCAAAGUGGAGCUCCGCGAGAUGAUUGUUCAUGAACAAGAAAGUGUGCUCAAGAAACUGGGGAAGAACAACACUUCAUCUGAAGAGGAACAGCAGGGAGAGGAAAAGGCCAUCACUGGAUCCCACCUGCAUUCCUCCAGAAGCAAGAGAAGUGUUGGAGCCAACCACUGCAGGAGAACUUCCCUCCAUGUGAACUUUGAAGAGAUUGGCUGGGAUUCCUGGAUCAUUGCACCAAAAGAUUAUGAGGCUUUUGAGUGUAAAGGAGGUUGCUUCUUCCCUCUGACAGAUAAUGUCACCCCAACUAAACAUGCUAUUGUCCAAACUCUGGUGCAUCUCCAAAAUCCAAAAAAAGCCUCCAAGGCCUGUUGUGUUCCAACAAAACUGGAUUCAAUCUCCAUUCUUUAUAAGGAUGAUGCUGGUGUGCCCACUUUGAUAUAUAACUAUGAAGGGAUGAAAGUGGCAGAAUGUGGCUGCAGGUAGUAUACGAGGCAGAAUCUCUAAGAAUAGGAACAUCCCCUUUUUCUGUCCUGUGUAAAUCUGUACAAUAGUGAUGCACAUGAAGGCCAUUACAAACAAGGUUUGGGGCAGGGUACGGGGCUGGUUGUUGUUGCUGCUUGUUUUAAGGGAAAAUUGGCAUUUAAAGAAUGGCAAUCUUUGUAAAUAGCCUGCAUUAUAUAUCAUGGCAGAGUGAAUACUGAAUUAAAAUAUUGUGAGA